ACUGCAGUCUAAACAAGAGAUAAGUAUGAAUGCUGGUCUACGAGGUGAGGAGACAAACUUCACUAACAAUGGCUGAUAACACCAACACAAUCUCUACAACAGUCAACUGUGAGCACGACUUUCAGACAGAUCUGAACCGUCAGCAACCUGACCUUCAUAUAUUCAAUGAUCAUGAUAACAACCAGCAAGAUGACAUAGACCCUGAUCAAUUCUUUUCCACUGUUAAUCUGGACUGCAAAUAUUAUAGCAUAGAUGACUUUAAAAACUCUGUUAACCCAGAAGGAAGACUGUCAAUCAUCCACUUUAACAGCAGAAGUAUGUACACCAACUUUGGAGACAUCAAGGACUAUUUACAGAAUCUGGAACAUUCCUUUAACAUCAUAACCAUAUCUGAAACUUGGUUUAGCUGCGACAAGGAUGCUGACUUUGAAUUGGAAAACUACGAACUUCGUUUUGUGAACAGAGUAAACAAAAAAGGCGGAGGAGUCGCAAUUUAUGUGCAAAAAAAUCUGAAGUUCACAGUAAUGGAUAAAAUGUCAGUUGCAGUGGAUGGAUUACUGGAAUGUAUUACAAUUGAAGUAUGUAAUGAAUCAGGGAAAAAUGUCAUUGUCAGCUGUAUAUACAGGUCACCAGGGUCAAGCUUAGAAGUGUUCAGUGACUGGAUGGAAAAAAUGUUUCACUCUCAAAAUAACAAAAUAUUGUUUAUCUGUGGAGAUUUCAAUAUAGAUCUGAUAAACCCAGGCAACCAUAAAGCAACAGAUGACUUUAUCAGCAGAAUGUACAGUAUGAGUUUAUAUCCAACCAUAACUAGACCCAGCAGAAUCACUGCUCAAAGUACUACUCUCAUUGAUAAUAUAUUCACAAAUAACAUAGAAAACACUUAUAUGAGUGGACUUACGAUUUGUGACAUAACUGAUCAUUUACCAGUUUUUACACUAUCUGACAUCAAUAAAUUCAAGAGUAAAAACUCAGCAGAUUGUCAUGAUAUCGAUAUGACGGUGGUGAAAAAGGUGAUUAACAGUAUUUCUAAGCCUCUAACAUACAUAUGUAACUUAUCUUUACAAACUGGGAGAUUCCCAAACCAAAUGAAAAUGGCAAAAGUGAUUCCUAUCUAUAAGAGUGGAGACAAACACCUGUUUACAAACUAUAGACCUAUUUCUCUCCUUCCACAAUUCUCAAAAAUUCUGGAAAAGAUAUUCAAUGACAAAUUAGCUAAAUUCAUUGAUAAAUAUAACAUAAUAAAUGAAAACCAAUAUGGUUUCAGAGAAAACAGAUCAACCUCAAUGGCUAUCAUUGAUGCUGUAGAGGAGAUCACAAACGCUCUGGAUAAAAAGAAAUAUGCAGCUGGAAUCUUCAUUGACUUAAAAAAAGCAUUUGACACUCUGAAUCAUGACACCCUACUGGAAAAACUGGAGGUGUACGGGAUCAGAGGAGUAGCACUAAGUUGGGUCAAAAGCUAUUUAACAGAAAGAAAACAAUUUGUCAAGAUUAAUGAAUUCACAUCAGAGGCCAAAGGGAUAAGUUGUGGUGUCCCACAAGGAUCAAUUCUGGGCCCGCUGCUGUUCAAUAUCUACAUCAAUGAUAUAUUCAAUGUUUCAAAACUUUUAAAACUCAUUUUAUUUGCUGAUGACACAAAUAUUUUCUAUUCUACAGACAAUCAAAGGGAACUUAUCAAUGUGUUGAACACAGAGUUAAUCAAAAUAAAAUCAUGGAUGGAUUACAACAAACUAUCUUUGAAUCUGGACAAAUCUAAAGUGAUGUUUUUUGGUAAUUACAAAGCCAACACAGAGCUCUCAAUUAAAGUUAACAAUGACUUAAUUGAAAGUGUUACAGAAAUGAAAUUCUUAGGGAUUGUUAUUGAUAAAAAACUGAGUUGGAAGCCACACAUCAGACACAUACAAACUAAAGUUUCAAAAAGUAUUUCAAUUAUAAAUAAAUCUAAAUAUAUAUUAGAAUACAACUGUAGAUAUUUAUUGUACUGCUCCUUAAUAUUACCAUAUUUCACCUACUGUAUAGAAGUUUGGGGUAAUAAUUAUAAGAGUUCACUGCAUCCUCUCUUUUUGCUUCAGAAACGAGCCAUCAGAAUCAUACAUAAAGCCGGUUAUCUUGAUCACACUAACAAUUUAUUUUAUCAAUCCAGAAUUUUAAAACUGUAUGAUCUUGUUGAUUUUUACACUGCACAGUUACUAUACAGAGCUAGUGGGAAAACAUUACCGUACAAUAUCCAAAAACAGUUCUUAGAAAAUGAGGGGGGAUACAAACUGAGAGGAUGCAGGAACUUCAAGGUCAGAUUGAUAAGAACCACAAAGAAAAGUUUUUGUGUUUCUGUGUGUGGCACUAAACUCUGGAACAAGUUAAGUAAUGAGCUCAAACAAUGUUCAAGCAUUUAUAAGUUCAAGAAAAUGUAUAAAGAAACUCUAAUUUCACAAUAUGAAGAUAAGACGAAAAGAUCAACUGUUGUUUGAAAAAUUCCAAAUGUCUGAACUUGAAUGUGAUGAAAUAAUCAAAGAUUUUUGCAAUCAAUCAAUGAGUUUUAUGUUAGGUAAUAUGCUGUGAUGAUUACUGAAAUGUUUACAUUCACUAUGGUAUUAAUUUUCUUUAGUUGAUCCAAAAUAUGUAGCAAUGAUUACAAGAUUAUUGUAAUUAUGUUUUCUAAAGAUAAUCAAUGAUGAUUGUAAAUUGUGUGAAUCAAUAAUGUUUACUGAAAAUAUAUAAUAAUUCUUUCAGAGAAUGAUCAAUAAGAACUCUAUUGUUACUUUAAAACUUGAUCUCAAUGUGUAAUGAUUAUUUUUUCUGCAUUUGUAUUUUGAUGAUAAUCAAUGAGUAUUGUAUAUCUGUUAAAUGAUGUAUGAUGGAUGUUACUGUUUACUGAAAUAAUGUUUGAUGAGAUUAAUCAAUAAUCAACAAGCACUUCACUUUACUAUUGGGAAUUACAAAAAAAAAAAAAA